UUAUCAAAUUUCUGCCCAACUACUUUGUGAAACCAAGCUCGCAAAGUCUCAUAUAGCUCCAGUGCUAAACCGCAGAUCUUCUGUUCGUGAGAACCUAUCUUACUCAAAGAAGCAAAGAUGAUGUUGGAUCGAGGUCAGUUCUCCGAUGAGAAAUUCGAUCCCAAGAAGUGGGUGAACUCGGCGUGUAAGUCUCGGCAUCCGCAGGACCCGCUGGACAAUCACCUGGUGGAUCUCGAGAUGAAGCUCCAGAUGGCGUCCGAGGAGAUCGCGGCUUCUCUUGAGGAGCAGAGCGCUGGGGCACUCCUCCGUGUGCCUCGUGCCACCCGCGACGUUCUCCGACUCCGGGACGACGCCGUUUCCCUGCGAAACUCUGUUGCCGGGAUUCUUAAGAAGAUCAAGAAGGCGGAGGGAUCCUCUGCUGAAUCUAUUGCAGCCCUUGCUAAAGUUGAUAGCGUUAAGCAGAGAAUGGAAGAAACGUAUCAGACUUUGCAGCAAGCCGCUGGAUUAGCACAAUUAAGUUCAACUGUAGAAGAUGUCUUUGCUAGUGGUGAUCUCCGUCAAGCUGCAGAAACCCUGGCUACGAUGAGGAAAUGCCUAAAAAAUGUUGGGGAGGUUGCAGAAUUCGCUAACAUUAGAAAACAACUCGAGGUCCUAGUGGAUAGGCUGGACACUAUGGUACAGCCUCGUUUAAUUGAUGCAUUGGAGAACCGCAAGAUUGAUAUUGCUCAAGAUUUGUGCAAAAUUCUUCGUAAAAUUAAAAGGAUCGGGUCUCUGACGCAGCAAUAUACAAAUGUUCAUUUAAAACCUAUUAAGCAGUUCUGGGAAGAUUUUGACUCAAAACAACAAUCCAGUAAGCUUGCAAGUGAGAAAAAUGAAAUAGAAAGACUAUCAAGUAAUAGCGAGCUUCAAUCAAGUUCCCACAUGAUUUCAUUUUCGACUUGGUUGCCAAGUUUCUAUGAUGAAUUGCUCCUCUACCUUGAGCAAGAAUGGAAGUGGUGUAUGGUUGCUUUUCCUGAUCAUUAUAGAACUCUUGUACCACAGUUACUAAUUCAGACAAUGGAAGCUGUGAGUAAAAGUUUUGUUUCUCGUAUCAAUCUCGCCACAGGAGAAGUUGUUCCUGAAACAAAAGCACUGGCAAGAGGUAUAUUAGAUAUUUUAUCCGGAGAUAUGCCCAAGGGUAUCCAGAUUCAGACUAAGCAUCUUGAUGCCCUGAUUGAACUACACAAUAUGACGGGGAUCUUUGCAAGGAAUAUUCAACACUUGUUUUCAGAAGCUAAUCACGAGCAAUUGGUAAAAACACUAAAGUGGGUGUAUGAUCCGUAUGAAUCCUUUAAACAAAGGUAUGGAGAGAUGGAAAGGGCCACCCUCUCCUCUGAAAUUGCAGGGGUGGAUCUGAGAGGAGCUGUAACUCGUGGUGUGGGAGCGCAGGGUAUUGAACUGAGUGAAACAGUUCGGAGAAUGGAAGAGUCAAUCCCACAAGUUAUUGUGCUUCUUGAAGCAGCUGUAGAAAGAUGCAUCAGUCUUACAGGUGGUUCUGAGGCUGACGAGCUCAUUUCUGCUCUUGAUGAUGUCAUGUUAGAGUAUAUUUCUACCCUGCAAGAAACCCUCAAAUCAUUGAGAAUAGUAUGUGGAGUGGAUGGUGUUGGUUCAAAGAAGGAGAUUGGUUCGGACAAGGAGGGAGCACAAAAUCCUCGCAAAGUCGACUUGAUUUCAAACGAGGAGGAGUGGUCUAUUGUCCAAGGGGCUCUACAGAUACUCACAGUUUCUGAUUGUUUAACAAGCAGGUCCUCCGUGUUUGAAGCUUCUCUGAGAGCCACUCUUGCUAGACUGAGCACAACUUUAUCAAUUUCAGUAUUUGGUUCAAGUUUGGACCAAAACCAGUUGCCCAUUGAUGAUGCAAGUGGGGAGCUACCUUUGGGUGGCAAGGCUGCCUUGGAUAUGGCAGCUGUCCGGCUUGAUGGCCAUCGUGAGAAGGCUCGGAAACUGUUUAAUCUUUUAAAUCAGGCUAAAGAUCCUCGGUUUCAUACACUUCCGCUGGCUUCUCAGAGAAUCGUAGUGUUUGUUGACACAGUAAACGAACUUGUCUAUGAUGUCCUCGUAUCUAAAGUAAGGCAACGCCUCAGUGCUGUGUCGAGACUGCCAAUCUGGUCAUCAGUUGAGGAACAAAGUGCUUUUCCCCUACCAGCCUUUAGUGCAUAUCCUCAGUCCUAUGUGACCAGUGUUGGGGAAUAUCUUCUUACCUUGCCUCAACAAUUGGAGCCACUUGCUGAGGGCAUAGCUAGUAGUGAUGCCAACAAUGAUGAUGCACAAUUCUUUGCUACAGAAUGGAUGUUUAAGGUUGCUGAGGGCGCCACUGCUCUCUACAUGGACCAGCUGCGGGGAAUUCAGUAUAUAACAGAUCGUGGAGCACAGCAGCUCUCAGUAGACAUUGAAUAUUUGAGUAAUGUGCUAGCUGCUCUUUCGAUGCCAAUUCCUCCAGUCCUUGCUACAUUUCAUACGUGUCUCUCAACCCCAAGAGACCAAUUGAAGGAUCUUGUGAAAUCAGAUAUGGGAAAUCAACUUGAUCUGCCAACAGCAAACCUAGUAUGUAAGAUUCGGCGGGUCAGUUUAGACUAGUCACUCUUUUUGGAGUUCUUAUAUUGAAGUACCGGGAACGAUAUUUUUUUUUUUUUUGAUUACUGGAAUUCAUGUAAUAGAUAUUAAUAUGCUUGCAAGAAUGUCAAGUAGCAUUUUUUAUA